AUUCUACCGCAUACUCGGAGGAAGAACAAGAAGAACCAACGUACAAUCUACGAAUCCACCACCAUCGUAGUUUCAUUCAAGUAAAAGUGACGAAUAGGUUGGUCGUGUCACUGCUAGAAUAAAAGCUGUAGAAAAUAAAAUUUGUGAAAGAGCUAUCGUACUUAUUCAAUCGAUUAAUAGCCAUUGAGAUUUGCAAAAGGAGAACCGUGAAGUGUUUGAUUCAGGAAAAGAUCUUACGUGCGGGUUGAUGUGAAAUAUUUAUGUGGCCGUCUUGUGUGUGACACUAGACACUCGGGGAAAUCAACACUGCCUGUGUUUUGAGUUUGAUGACAGGCCAGUUCUCUACGUGUUUUGUGCAACCUACAAACUAUUGUAAUUGCAAAACCAAUCCAGAAAGGAAUUCGGUAAAUAAUCGCCGAUUUAGACGUAGUGCGUGACGCAUGAAGCUGUGGAAUUCCUAGAAUAUGAGAUAAUUUUUGUUGACGUGUGUGUUUGUGACGUUGUGGUGUGAUCUAAACCAAACUCCCAUUUUGCCUGCGGUAGGUAAAUGUACGAUUUUACCAGGUUUCGGGAAGUUUCAAGUUUAUUCUAAAACACUUCGGAACGUAUUUCGCUUGAGUUUAGUUCUGUUUCAGUUUAUUGAUAAGAUCUGGUAGAAUUAAAUUUUAUACUAAAGUGAGAGUCAGGCGGAGAAAGUGGCGCAGUGUUUGAACAUAAAACAGAGAAACCGUGAUGAUCAACUUGAUCGACGAAGUCAGUUUCUAGUAUUCAUCUGGUGAAGACAGUGUAUGAUCAAGCAUCUGCAAAGAUGGGAGUAUGCUUGUGUAAGGACAAGGUGGAAGAUGGUUAUCUGAACGAGAAUAGUCGUGAUUCGUACGCUGCCAGUGGAAAUGAUGACGGCAGGGGCGGUCUGGUCGGAGUGGGUCACCAUGGCGGACGGUCCUGUGGACGCCUGGAUCGGAAAGUUUCCCUUUCGGACACAGUGGAUGAACUGGUGAAGGAAACAUUGGAAAUUAUAGGAUCCAUUGUUGACAAUGAACCCGAACCACCUAACUCGAUGAUUAUGCUGCACGACAUCACUGAUAAGCCAUCUGGCUGGAUUCAACUGGUAAAGUCACUUAUCCGAGUCGUACCGCUGGAGCAUCCGAUGGGACCAAGCGUUAUCACAUUGUUACUAGACGACAGUCCACUUCCAACGAAAGAUUCAGUCCUAGAGGUCGCCGAUAUGAUAACGCACUCAAUUCGCCGCACACCCAAAAGGGAACGGAAUCUUUGCGUUAUUCUAGGUUGCCUGGCGGAAAAGUUGGCCGGCCCCAGCAGCAUUGCAGUGUUAUCCGACAUCACGCUUGGAUAUCUACUAGGGAAUCUGGACGAAGGCAUCAACCCGGAUGUGAUGCUUUUUUCCUUGAUUGCGCUGGAGAAAUUUGCACAGACGAGCGAAAACAAGGCAACCAUCAAGCGAAAACUUGCCCUCUAUCCUGAAAAUCCACUGACGCGAUUGGAAAGGCACACCGAAAGCAACGAGUUCAUUUUUCGGCAAGUUGGAUUUUGCGCUCGUUGGUGCUUGGAUAAUUAUUUCCUCAUCGAGGGUCGAAAGUAUUCGUACGAGGUAACGGAUAUGAGUAAUGUAAACGUGAUGCUCAACACCCGUGACGUAAGCGAAUACCUUAAAAUCUCACCAGACGGGCUGGAAGCACGGUGCGACGCAUACUCGUUCGAGAGCGUCCGGUGUACAUUCCAAGUUAACACCGGCUGCUGGUACUACGAGGUACAGAUAAUCACACCUGGCGUCAUGCAGAUAGGUUGGGCUACCAAGGACUCCAACUUUCUUAGCCACGAGGGCUACGGUAUCGGUGACGAUGCGUACUCGAUAGCAUUCGACGGUUGCCGGAAACUGAUCUGGCACAGCGCCCGCUCAAUGCCUCACGAUCUUCACACUUGGAAGGGCGGUUCCAUUCUUGGAUGUCUGCUGGAUUUAGAUGCACGAGAAGUGAUAUUUAGCUUGGACGGAUUCGAGGGUGGUAUACUGAAGCAGGUUUUCGGUAGUGCUCGAGAUGGAUUUUUCGCGGCGGCUUCAUUUAUGUCCUUUCAGCAGUGUAGGUUCAAUUUCGGAUCGACACCAUUCGUGUAUCCUCCGAAAAACAGACAGUUCAUGAGUUUUAAUGAUCAUGCACAGUUGAAAGAUCAAGAUAAGAUUGUUUUACCACGGCAUCUAUUCUUAGAGCAAUUACGAAAGUUGAGCGUUCGCGAGGACUCGUGUACGCUCUGCGUCGACAAGAAAGCCUCGAUUCGGAUAGAACCCUGCAAGCAUCGUGGCUUUUGUACGACGUGCGCGGCAUUGCUGCAGUUUUGUCCAAUGUGCCGAGCGGAAAUAGUCAGCACUGUACAGGAAGUGACUGCCGACAGCCCUGUGUCGGAGGAUGUUCCGAUGGCAAUCUGAUGUCACUCUAGCAGCUAAUGAAGAAACAAAGUGAAGCGAUAGAUAGACGCGUAGAACAUUGCUAUAAUGAAACCAUAAAUUUAAUCGAACAUGAAAACACGAGAAAACAUUUGUGAUAUCAAUAUUUAAAAAAAAGUAAUAGCUAUACUCUAUGUUUCAGUCUCACUGGAAGUAAUUCGAUCUAAUCUGUUUGCCAUUAUUUACUUUGGAAUUCGAUUUGAAUUUUUUUCGGCAAAUUACGGCGAUACGUAAUUAAGUACCUAUUUCUGGGCGCAUCUGUUUUGCAAAGCAGCUAUUGUCCAAAGUAAGUUCACAAUGGGACUAUUCUGUUCAACGCAGUCUUCCGAAUCGAAUCAAGAUAGAUAGGACCGAUGCUGUACAACUUGAAUCCCUGUUCUGAUUAUUCUGAGCAAGUUGCCGGCCUGAUUGCCUAAAACUUACUUCAAAUUUGUUGAAGUUUGUCGUUGUUAGUCGUUCGUAGCUACUUUAUGAGCUUCGUAUGUUUUCGGUAGGCUUGUAGUUUGUUUUAAGAUUGAAGCCAUUCGUUCAUUAUAGAUAGCUUUAUGGUGAUAAACCUCAUAAUUUUAUUUACACGUUAACACUAAUCAUAUAUAUCGAGUAUCGUGCGACAAAUCUUGUAUGUCAAGCGAAUAUGUUUUAUUUCGUCAGUCGUUUUAGUUGAAACAGGUAUUGGUAGAAACAUGAUGUACAUGUAACCACCUGCAUGGCCCAAUUAAUAGUUAAAACCUGAAUCAAAAAUUGAUAGAAGUGAAACAACCGUACAGAAACGAAAUGACUGAUAUAUUUUUGUACGAUAUCAAAAAAAAAAAAAACAAA